CUUUAGUCCUUGGCGUGCCUGUGUGUACUUCCUUUGAGGUAAAAGCUACCGGUUGUCCUACCAGUUCUUACAUCCAAAGGAUCGCGACUGCAGAGAUGGCGGCGGCAUUGGGGUUAAGAGCUUCGUACCACCGGGCACUGGAUAGGGUAGAGUUGAUGCUCCCUGCCAAGCUAAGGCCAUUUUAUAACCACCCUGCAGGACCCAAAACCGUGUUUUUCUGGGCACCUAUAAUGAAAUGGGGUUUGGUGCUCGCAGGAUUAGCAGAUAUGACUAGACCAGCAGAUAAACUAAGCCCAGCACAGUCUGGGGUCCUUAUGGCAACAGGUCUCAUCUGGUCUCGUUAUUCCCUUGUGAUUAUCCCUAAAAACUGGUCUCUGUUUGCAGUAAACUUCUUUGUUGGUUGUGCAGGAGGCUCCCAACUUCUUAGAAUAUGGAGGUAUAACCAGCAGCUCAAAGCAGAAGGUGCUGCAGAUCAAGAACAAUUGAAACCUUAAUCCAUUUUUUUAACUGUUUAUGUGGAAAACAAGCUUUUAACUAGCAAAUAGUUUCUAAGAAAUGGACAUUAACACAAAAACAUUUUACCAAGUGUUAUAUUAAACCUAUCUGUUAAUUAAAAUUGUAUUCUUUGAAUCUAUUUUGUUGAAAAAUUCAAUAAAGUUUAAAAUAUGGAUAUUA